AUGGCGGCUGAAUAUUCCGGUAGCCGGAGUUCUAAUACACAGCUUCUCGCUGAACUCGAAGCCCUAAGUGAAAAUCUUUACCAGAAACCCCAGGCUUCAGUUGGUCGGAGAACUAAUUCACUCGCUCUGCCUCGCAGUUCUGUUCCGUCCCUCGUGACGUGUGCCAAUGAAGGACGAGUCGAGGAUGUAACAAUACCGAAACCGCGGUCUCGGCGUUUGUCGCUGUCACCAUGGCGGUCAAGACCGAAGCUUGAGGUAGAAGAGGAAGAGACUGUGAAUACGACUCGGAACAGAAUCAACAAGAGACCAGAAGAGUCGUCAUUGGGAUCAAUUGCGAAGGAAGAGAGAAAAGGGAUAUGGAAUUGGAAACCGAUUCGCGGGCUGGUCCGAAUUGGAAUGCAGAAACUGAGCUGUUUGUUAUCGGUCGAGGUCGUGGCGGCCCAGAAUCUACCGGCGUCGAUGAACGGUCUACGCCUUGGUGUUUGCGUGAGGAAGAAGGAAACAAAAGACGGAGCCGUCCAGACGAUGCCGUGUCGGGUUUCUCAAGGAGCUGCGGAUUUCGAGGAGACGCUGUUCAUCAAGUGCCACGUGUACUUCUCGCCGGCUAACGGGAAGGGUGCUCCGGCGAAGUUCGAGGCUCGUCCGUUUUUGGUUUAUCUAUUCGCCGUGGACGCUAAGGAGCUUGAGUUCGGAAGGCACAUGGUUGAUCUGAGUGAGUUGAUUCAAAAGUCUGUGGAGAAGAUGAGUUACGAAGGAGCUAGGGUUAGGCAAUGGGAUAUGAGUUGGGGGCUUUCAGGUAAAGCUAAAGGAGGUGAAUUGGUUCUAAAAUUAGGGUUUCAGAUCAUGGAGAAAGACGGUGGAGCUGGGAUUUACAGUAAACAAGGUGAAUUAGGGAUUAAACCGAGUAGUAAACCUAAGAAUUUGUCUGAUUCCUUUGGGCGAAAGCAAUCAAAAACUUCGUUUAGUGUCCCAAGCCCUAAGAUGACGAGCCGCAGCGAGGCCUGGACGCCAGCGACAGGUGCGGAAUCUGCAUCGGGCCUUCAAGGGAUUGAGCAUUUGAAUCUUGAUGAACCAGAGGAGAAACCGGAGCAGAAACCAGAGAAAACAGAACAGAGAGAUGAAGAUGAUCAAGAAACUGAUUUCGAAGUUAUUGAAAAAGGAGAAGAUCAGGAACCUGAUUUUGAAGUUGUGGACAAAGGAGUUGAGUUUGAUGACGACAUUGAGACUGAGAAAUCCGAUGGAACCAUUGGUGAAAGAUCCAUUGAGUUGAAGGAACAGCAUGUUAAUGUUGAUGAUCCACGGCACAUAAUGAGACUAACCGAGUUAGAUUGUAUUGCAAAGCAGAUCAAAGCGCUUGAAUCUAUGAUGAAAGACGGUAGUAACGGAGCGGAAGGUGAAACAGGGUCACAGAGACUGGAUGAAGAGGAACAGACUGUGACAAAGGAGUUUCUUCAGUUGCUUGAAGAUGAAGAAUCCGAGAGUCUCAAAUUCUACCAGCAUAAAAUGGAGAUCUCUGAGCUACGCUCUGGCGAUUCAGUAGAAGAUGAAACUGAAAAUUACCUAUCAGAUCUCGGUAAAGGCAUCGGUUGCGUUGUUCAGACGAGAGAUGGUGGUUACUUAGUGUCUAUGAACCCUUUUGACAUGGUGGUCAUGAGGAAAGACACUCCUAAAGUCGUUAUGCAAAUCUCGAAACAGAUUGUGGUAUUACCAGAAGCCGGAUCAGUGACUGGAUUCGAGUUGUUUCACAGAAUGGCUGGUUUUGGUAAAGAACUUGAUUCGAAGAUAUCUUCGCUUAUGGCGAUAGACGAGUUAAUAGGGAAGACAGGGGAGCAAGUGGCUUUUGAAGGAAUAGCUUCAGCUAUUAUACAAGGGAGAAACAAAGAGCGAGCGAACACAAGCGCGGCAAGAACGGUUGCAGCUGUUAAAACGAUGGCUAACGCGAUGAACAACGGGAGAAGGGAGAGGAUAAUGACAGGAAUCUGGAAUGUGGAGGAGAAUCCAUUGACUUCAGCAGAGGAGAUUUUAGCUGUUUCUUUACAGAAACUAGAAGAUAUGGUGAUUGAAGGACUAAAGAUUCAAGCUGAUAUGGUGGAGGACGAUUCUCCUUUCGAGGUUUUCGCCGCCAAAGGUCAGCCGAAUCCAUUGGAGUUGACCAUCCCGCUCGAUGAGUGGCUCAUGGAGAAUCGGACGCAAAAAUCGCUGACGGUUUUAGCGACAGUGCAACUCCGAGACCCGACGAGGAGAUAUGAGGCAGUGGGAGGGGUGGUCGUGGUGGCGGUGCAGGCGGAAGAGGAGGAGAACGGGUUAAAAGUGGGAAGUUUGCACGUUGGGGGAGUGAAGAGAAAUGCAGCGGAGAGGCGGAGGUUGACGGCGGCACAGUGGCUUGUUGAGUACGGAAUGGGAAAGAAAGGGAUGAAGAAGAGUGAUGUUAAGAGAAAGGAGAAAGAAGAAGAAGAGGUAGACUUGUUAUGGAGCUUGUCGUCUAGAGUUAUGGCGGAUAUGUGGCUCAAAUCUAUAAGGAACCCUGAUGUGAAGUUGCAUAGCUGA